AUGCCUAUCCCUCUAGCGAUAAGCGUCCCCGUAAUCACGGCGGUCCUAGCCUACCUAGGUACCAAAGCCCACACAUGGUACGACCUCUUCCUCCUCCGCUGCGUCACCUUCGGCGCAUCACGCAUGUACUACCGCGAAUGGACCGACCGUCUAAAUCUUUAUUACCUCCUCGAAAAUAUCGCUACGAAGCCGUCUACAGCUGAUCGCGCGCUGCUCAUCUUUGAAGGAAAGCGUCUUUCGUACAAAGAUGUCUACGAACAAGUCCUCAAAUACGGACAAUGGCUAAAGAAAGAAGCUGGUGUAGAAAAGGGAGAUAUUGUGGCGCUGGACUUUCAAAACUCGGAUACCUACAUUUUUCUCUGGUUGGGUCUUUGGAGUAUUGGUGCAAAGCCAGCGUUUAUCAACUAUAACCUGUCCGGUGCUUCGUUGGCGCAUUGUAUAAAGGCUGCUACGACCAAGCUGUGUAUCGUGGACCCGAACGUUGAGGAGAAUGUCAGUCAAAGCGUGAAGGAUGAGCUGAAGGAUGUUCGCUUCCUUUUACAUACACCAGAGGUUGAGGCGCAAGUCGCUUCUAUGGAGGCUGUUCGGGUACCAGACUCUGAGCGAUCCGAGAAGAGCCUUUCUGCUAUGGCUAUUCUGAUCUACACCUCCGGAACGACCGGUAUGCCCAAGGCAGCUAUUGUGUCAUGGGGCAAAUUGAUCGUUGCUGGCUCAAUGGCUGAACAAAUGCUCGACCGAUCAAAAGGCGACAUUAUGUACUCUUCAAUGCCUCUUUACCACUCCUCCGCAACAAUCUUCUCUUUCAGCGCAACACUUCUCUCAGGAAGCACCCAAGCCCUCGGUCGAAAAUUCUCCACAAGAAACUUCUGGAACGAAGUCCGCGCCUCAGGCGCAACAUCACUCCUCUACGUCGGCGAGACUCUUCGCUAUCUACUCUCUGCACCACCGCAAUAUGACCCUGAAACAGGUGAAUGUCUCGACAAGAAGCACAAUGUCAAAGUUGCUUUUGGUAACGGUCUACGACCCGACAUCUGGAACGAGUUCAAGGACCGGUUCGGCAUUGAAGGAAUCUGCGAGUUCUACGCUGCUACAGAGGGAACAUUUGCGACGUUCAACCUCAGCAAGAAUGACUUUGCCGCUGGUGCUAUUGGCCGCAACGGCUGGAUCUACAGUCUGAUUUUGAGUCAAUCCGUCGCUCUCGUGGAAGUAGACUGGGACACCGAUCUUCCCAAGCGCAAUCCCAAAACGGGAAGAUGCUACAAAGCACGAAGCGGCGAACCUGGCGAGAUGCUCUUCCGUCUUCCCUCCAACAACCCCUACGGUCGUUUCCAAGGCUACUACGGCAACCGCGCCGCCACAGAAGCCAAAGUCCUCCGCGACGUCUUCAGCAAAGGCGACAUGUGGUUCCGAACAGGCGACGUCAUGCGCUGGGACAGUCAAGGCCGCGUUUACUUCCACGAUCGCAUCGGCGACACAUUCCGCUGGAAGGGUGAGAAUGUAUCUACUGCUGAAGUAAGCGAGGCGAUGUGCAAGCACGACAGCGUCAAGGAGGCCAAUGUCUACGGUGUAAGUCUACCGCAUCACGAUGGACGAGCAGGUUGUGCAUCAGUGCAUCUUGCGUCAAAUCCUACACCCGAGACAAUGCAGGACAUCGCGGCCCAUGUGCGCAAUGAGUUGCCCAAGUAUGCUAGACCUUUGUUCCUCCGAAUUGCCACUGAGCUUGGCGGAGGACAAAUCACGGGCACGAUGAAGCAGCAGAAGCACGCUCUACGAGAAGCCGGUGUUGACCCUGCCAAGAAGGAGCUUGGCGAGGUAUAUUGGCUCAAGGACGAGGGCUAUGUCCCGUUUACAGAGAAAGACUGGAAUGAGAUGAACGGCGGCAAGGUCAAGUUGUAG